AACCGGAAAAAAUAAUUCAAAGCAAAGCAAAGCAACUCGACACCGCACGCACUGACUCACUGACUGACACUUCACACACCACUAAAUCCCGUCGCCGACCGACCGACCACCCGCCGCCGCCGCCGCCGCGGCGCCGGCUUCAGAGCCAAAUCCGAUCUUUGAUUUAGCCGCGAAGGGGGCGCAUGCGGCGGCAUCUCCGACGAUGACCUCCCGGCUCCUCCUCCUCCACGCGCUGCUCCUCCUUUUCGCGGCCGUCGGGGUUGACGGCCGGAGGAGGGCGCCGCCGUCGCUGGAGUUCCACCACCGGUUCUCCGCUCGCUUGCGGGGGUGGGCGGACGCCCGCGGCCACGAGCUCCCUGGCGGAUGGCCGCCCCCCGGCGGCGCCGCCUACGUCGCCGCCCUCGCCGGCCACGACCGCCACCGCGCGCUCGCGGCCGCCGAUCACCCGCCGCUCACCUUCUCCGAGGGGAACGCCACGCUGAAGGUCAGCAACCUCGGAUUCUUGCACUAUGCGCUAGUGACGGUGGGCACGCCCGGGCACACGUUCAUGGUGGCGCUGGACACCGGGAGCGACCUCUUCUGGCUUCCUUGCCAGUGCGACGGGUGCCCGCCGCCAGCCUCGGGCGCUUCCGGAUCAGCUUCGUUUUACAUUCCUAGUAUGUCAUCAACAAGCCAAGCAGUUCCUUGCAACAGUGAUUUUUGUGAUCAUAGAAAAGACUGCUCUACAACAUCAAGUUGUCCAUACAAGAUGGUCUAUGUCUCUGCAGACACAUCAUCCUCUGGAUUCCUAGUCGAGGAUGUGCUUUACCUAUCAACAGAGGAUAACCACCCUCAAAUUCUGAAGGCACAAAUAAUGUUUGGCUGUGGACAGGUCCAGACAGGAUCAUUUCUGGAUGCUGCUGCUCCUAACGGGCUUUUUGGACUUGGGAUAGACAUGAUAUCGGUUCCUAGCAUUCUAGCACAUAAAGGUUUGACUUCUGAUUCCUUCUCAAUGUGUUUUGGCCGUGAUGGUAUUGGGAGGAUCAGUUUUGGAGACCAAGGCAGUUCGGACCAAGAGGAGACGCCACUUGACAUCAACCAGAAACACCCUACAUAUGCUAUCACCAUCACUGGGAUUACAGUUGGCACUGAGCCAAUGGAUUUGGAGUUUAGUACUAUUUUUGAUACAGGGACGACCUUCACAUAUUUGGCAGACCCAGCAUACACAUAUAUAACACAGAGUUUCCAUACACAAGUUCGAGCAAAUCGACAUGCCGCUGACACAAGGAUUCCUUUUGAAUAUUGCUAUGAUCUAAGCUCUAGUGAGGCAAGGAUUCAAACUCCUGGUGUAAGUUUCAGAACAGUAGGGGGGAGCCUAUUCCCUGUUAUUGAUCUAGGGCAGGUUAUCUCCAUUCAGCAACAUGAGUAUGUCUAUUGCUUGGCAAUUGUCAAGAGCACGAAACUGAAUAUAAUUGGACAAAAUUUCAUGACUGGUGUUCGGGUCGUGUUUGAUCGGGAAAGGAAAAUUCUAGGAUGGAAGAAAUUCAAUUGUUAUGACACUGAUAGUACAAACCCUCUCUCCAUCAACUCGAGGAAUUCGUCGGGCUUCUCCCCUUCAACAUACUCUCCUCAGGAAACAAAGAACCCAGCAGGUGCUACUCAGUUGAGACACCUAAACAGUUCCCCUCCUGUAAUGUGGCACAAUAAUAGUUUAGUUUUGAUGUUUCUUUUGGUCCAUUCUGUGCUCUUCUUCUGAUUAGUUUCAGAAUGACCUGGUUGUAAAUUAGUUCUCACGAUUACUAUAUAGAUACCUUAGGUAUUAGGAGUACAGCAUAGAGGACAAAGUACAGUUUCCAGCAUGUCCUGCAAAUUGUCUGCUCUGUCCAGAUCAAGAAAAUGAAAUUGUGAUGCCAGCUUUUUAUGGCUCACUGUACUUGCACGAAGAAUUCUUAUCAGCUUUUUAUGCCAGCUUUUGAUGCUUUUAAGUCAA